AUGAGGAACUCUCCUGAUUGGUUAUAUGCAGAUCAUGCAACAUGUGUCUCCCCUGCGUGGAUUGGUAAAGGACUCACCUGUGUUUGCUUCAAGCGUAAGGAAAACUUUCAACGAAUUUGCAUUAGUUUGACUCCUUUACAGGAGGAAAGACUGAGAAGACUAAAGCGCAGAAUGGAAGUUUACUUUGAUGCUUCCAAACUUGAUCACCAGGAAGCUUUGAGAGCUCUGUGGUCUGCUUCAUUCCCUGGUCAGGAGCUCCAAGGCCUGAUUUCUGAUCAAUGGAAAGAAAUGGGGUGGCAGGGAAGAGAUCCAUCCACUGAUUUCAGAGGAGCUGGUUUCAUUUCCUUGGAGAAUCUCCUAUUCUUUGCAAAGACAUUCUCUACUUCUUUCCAGCACCUAUUGAAGAAGCAAGGAGGAAAGGGAGCUGUCUGGGAGUAUCCUUUUGCUGUUGCUGGCAUAAAUAUCACAUUCAUGAUUAUGCAAAUGCUGGACCUCGAUGCCACCAAACCCAGGACUUCCGUAAGAGCAGUUUUUCUACAAAUGCUCUCAGAAAAUGAGUGGGCAUUUGACCUGCUUUAUUGUGUGGCAUUUGUGGUUAUGGACAAACAGUGGCAGGAGAGAAAUGCUACAUAUAUGGAAUUUAAUGAUGUCUUGAAAUCCACACGAGUUCAGAUAGAAAAAGAAUUGUUGAUGGAUGAUGAUGUUCUACAAAUUGAAGACAUGCCUUCAUAUAGUCUUCUUUGUUGA